AUUUUAUAUGUGAGUAUACACAUAUAUAGUAAAGUUUUGUUCUCUUUUUAAGUUCAAGCAAUUUCUCUCUUUUUUAUCAAAGAGAUAAAGAAUUGAAACAACGUAUUUUUUAAUGCCGCCUUGUUUUGUUUGUGUUCUCUUCUUCACGAUAUUCCGGUAUUUGAGACACAAGAAGGGCAAAGGAAAAAAGACAUUUACACCCAAAGCAACCACAUCAUAAAAUACAAAAGUAAGCCAAACUUUAAGAAAGCGGCUAAAUUAGAGUAAUGCAUAUUAUAUAAAAUAAACCACUAAGAAGAGUGCACAUCGCACAGCCACACACACACGUGUUUGCGCGCACACAACUACGUGAAAUCACUUAACGCAAGCAAGCAAAGCAAAACAUUCUAAAAUCAAGGCAUCACCUCAAACCGACCAACAACAAAGCACUAAAUUUAAAAAUGUAUGCAGCACUUGAACAAUUUAUGGGCGCAUUUGCAACAGCAAUUAAAUUAACUUGAAGUAACGAGAAAACAUAAAUUUCAUUAAACAGAAAAAUUGGAAGGAAACUAAGAGCCGUUGCAUCACAAACGUCAAUUUAAAUACCCAUUUCGAAAUAAAAAUAAAGCAUAAUAAAUCCAGCUUGAAAUUACCAUCUCACGAGAACGAACCUUAAUUGAGAAAUUAAUAUAAAUUUCUCGCAUUCAUUUUGUUUAUCGUUUUUUGUUUUUUAAUUUUUUUAUUUAAUUAAUUAAAUUGCAAAUAAUUGAAAUAAAAAAACAUUCAAAAUUACGGCGUAUCAUCCACCGACACCUAAAGUCAAACAGAACCCGGCCAAUAUGGACAGUGGGUCUGGGCCGGGUUUUGACGAUGAGCCACCGCCAGAGCCGCGGGACGGUUGGCUUCUGGUACGUAUACACGUGCCAGAGCUAAAUGUCUACAAAUGCCUGCAAUUCCCCUCAGAUAAAUUAGUAUGGGAUGUGAAACAGCAAGUGUUGGCCUCAUUACCAAAGGUGGCCUUUUGGUUUAAGGAACUUAAAGAAAGUUUCAACUAUGGCUUAUUUUGUCCUCCGUCAAAUGGCAAGGCAGGCAAAUUCCUGGACGAGGAACGCCGUUUGGGUGAUUACCCUUUCAACGGGCCAGUGGGAUAUUUGGAGUUGAAAUACAAACGGCGCGUCUAUAAAAUGUUAAAUCUUGAUGAGCGUCAAUUAAAAGCUUUACAUACACGUGCCAAUCUAAGACGAUUCCUUGAAUGCAUUAACGGUGGACAUGUGGAAAAGAUAGCAAAAAUGUGUGCCAAAGGGCUGGACCCGAAUUUUCAUUGUCCCGAAAGUGGGGAAACACCGUUAACAGUAGCGACGGGUGCUAAAAAACCAAAUAAACUUCUAAUAGCGCUAGUAAAUGGCGGAGCUCUCUUGGAUUAUCGCACUAAAGAUGGUACCACCGCAUUGCAUAGAGCAGUAGAGAAAGAUUCAUUGGAGGCAGUAACAACCUUAUUAGAGUUGGGUGCCUCACCUAAUUACAAGGACGCUCGUGGCAUUACUCCUCUUUAUAUAUCAAUAACACGUAAAUGUGAUGCCAAAAUAACUGAAAGUCUAUUACACGAUCAUGCUUCAUUGGGUACUCAGGACAAUCAAGGCUGGAAUGAAGUACAUCAGGCUUGCCGUCAUGGUCUUGUCCAGCAUUUGGAACAUUUGUUGUUUUAUGGUGCUGACAUGGAUGGCCGUAAUGCUUCCGGUAAUACACCAUUGCAUGUAUGCGCUGUUAACAAUCAAGAGGCUUGUGCUAGAAUGCUUCUAUUUCGAGGUGCCCAACGUGGUGCGCUAAAUUUUGCCAAUCAAACUCCUUAUCAGGUUGCAGUUAUUGCUGGUAAUCUAGAAUUGGCUGAAAUUAUACAAAACUAUAAAAUCGAAGAUGUUGUACCCUUUCGCGGACCGCCACGUUAUAAUCCCAAACGUCGUUCAGGCAUUAAUUGGCUAAGUGCCAAUGGUGGUGGUAGUAUUGGCGGCGGUGGCAGCCUGAUGGGUACAUUGACACGUAAUAGCACAGCCCCUUGUACUGGUGGCCUCCACCACCACCGUGGACCACCGUCACCAUGUCCAUCCGAACACUUGCCAUACAGUUCGGCCAGUUCGAGUCUAUCUGAGGGAUCAUCCGGUCACCGUUCACAUGAGGAUGAUAUCAGCAUUGUAACAGAUAAAUCCUUAGGCGAUACUAGCGAUAUCAUUAGCGACUCGUCAGGGGUGGGCACAAACUCUGAUUCUGCCGCCUGCUCGAUUGGUCAUCCUAGCACAACGGUGGUUUGCAUGGAACCCUAUGUAGGCAAUUCGGUGGGCCACAUACGCCUUCAACCGGGCGACGUAAUCGAAGUAGUUGGAUCCACCGAUUGUGGCCUCCUGGAGGGCUAUGUGCGCGGCACCAAUCAGUCAGGUUUCUUUCCGGCUGAAUGCGUUCAAGAAAUUAAUUUGCGUCAAAAGAAUAUAACAAAUGUAGCCACGGCUACAAUAAACCAACACUCACCUUACCAGCAUUCGACAGUGGGCUCGUCUGUUCACCAAGGUUCGCCUCAAUUGAGUUUGGGAGGUAGUUCGAGUAUUGGUUUAAUCAGCAAUAACGUAGGCGCCUUGCCACGUCCUAGUCUAAUUCAUCAAUCGCCCUCAUUGUCGGUGAAUAGCGGUGGCUCUACACAAGCACUGAAUGGCACGAAUUCUGUUGUUGUUGUGGAACAACAGCAUAGCACAACUGUCGUAAAUGGCUCUCAGCAAGUAGUUGGCCAAUAUAGUAGCGCUACAGCUCCAAGGGUAAAGAAAAGGUACACAUCUUUAGCCAAUCCUAGAGGUGGUCAGUGUUCAUUCUCUCCCCCUCCUACUCCUUAUAACAGCGCAUUUAAUGAGCCUCGUACAGUAGUUUUGCACCGAGCUAAGCGUGGUUUCGGUUUCAUUUUACGCGGUGCAAAAGCUUCGUCACAACUUAUGCAAUUAAAACCGUCCGAACGUUUUCCGGCUUUGCAAUAUCUUGACGACGUCGAUCCUGGUGGAGUAGCUGAUAUGGCUGGUUUAAGGCCUGGCGAUUUUCUUUUAGCUAUUAACGGCGAAGAUGUUAGAGCUGCUUCCCAUGAGAAGGUCGUUGAAAUGAUACGCUCAGCCGGGGCUUUGGUAUCAAUGACCGUUAUAUCCCCGCAAUUUCCAAACCAAAUGCAAGCCACUCCCCAAUACAUGCCGAGUCAUCAUAUAUCGAGCGGCCCAAAUACGCCGCAAACCUCGCAUAGACAAUGUGCUACAUUGCCCCGAAAAAUGUCGUUAGGUCCUAAUUCGUCAACAGGAAGUUCUGGGGGUCGACCAGCUCCUUUGCCACCGAGACGUGACCCUAAAACUACUCUGUCGGUGGGCAGGGCACGAGCCAAGUCUAUGGUGGCCGGUUUGGAAAAUGGCGGUGAAAAAGAAGAUGACGAUAUAACGCAUACGAAAUCAUCUUCAGUUGAGUCAAUUGUCACACCCACUCCCACCCAUCCUAGCACACCGGUUCAAUUGCGUACAGCCAGUAUUAAAGCACGUCCAACUUCAAGUCGCAUAACAGCCGCAGAACUAGAAGAGCUAUUCCAACGCCAACAUGGGGAGGUUGUAGACAGCUCCAAUCGAUAUUCCACCAUGAUGACCACGUCACGUUUUCAAUCCGGUGUUGAAAGUGGAGCAGCCACUCCUCCAACCAACAUCAAUUCUCCACUAAAAGGGCCUCAGGUCUACGGCAGUGUUGCCGAAAUGAAGCGUAAAACCAAGACCAAAAACGGAACAUUACGCGGCAAACCUUGUGUAAUUCCUACGGUGGGAGGAGGGCACGAUUUAAAACGAUUCCAUUCCACGCCAGAUCUGAAUGUCAACGGCGGUUCCUCUUCUUCUAUUUGGACCACCAAUGUAAGCAAGGGCCAUCUUUCACAGGAUGACGUGACCACCUUACACGCUUCUAUGAUCCGUUUAAAUACAUUGCCCCCACCCUCACAUCCUCCACCACCACCUCCGGUCGUCGGACAGGUAGUAAAGGUAGAAACGCGUCAAAAUUCUGAAUAUGAAAGCACCAUAUCGUUGCAGCAGAAACUGAAAAAGCGUGCCGAAAACGACGCUGUCACAUCAGCAGCUAUCGACGGUGUUCAAUCAAGUUUCAACCCGUCAGCAAAUGCUAAAAUCUAUGCUUCACCGCAAGAAUUGCGAAAUGUCUUGGCCUGGAAGCUAAGGCAAUGUCAGGAGAAUCGCUCGCAGCCAGUGAAUCAAGCUCAACAACCAAAUAGUCAACUGCAACAGGAACUUGUUUUAAAUCAACCCCUCGUUUCAAAUGCGCAACAAAGUCAACAACCAGACCCCCACACACAAAUUAGUCAAUAUGCACAACCCACUGCUUUGGCACGCACCAAUUCACCUGCCAGCUCUAACUCGGCUGGGCAGUAUGCAGCACCUCAAUCUCAAAAUGGUUCCGCAGUUAUAAAUCAAGUCAACAAGAGUAGCAACAAUAUUAAUAAUAAUACUAAUAAUAACAAUAAUAAUAAUAGUAACGGCGGACAACUUAAUAUACCAACUGGUCCAGCCCCUCCUAUACCGGAACCCGACUACAGUCUUAGUGAAUCAGAUGGUGAAGAUGAGAAUUCUAUAUUAGUAGCACGUAACACGAAACUAAAUGAAAAAAUCGCUUUAAUCGAUGUUCCCGAGACUAGCGGCAACAGUCAAGCGAGUGGCAGCAGCUCAGGCUCGGGUUCCAUUUCACAUUCCUUAUCAGUUGAAGAGAUCCAACGUAUACGCAGCAAUCUUAAAAUCUCUAAGUCUUCGCCCAACGGUUUUAAUAAAGUUGUCGAAAAGAUAGUCGCAGACGGAAGAGCCGAUGCAGAAAAGAGCGAAAAAGAUGAUUCUGAAAAUAACAAUAACAACAUGCUGAACGAAGAAGAAGAUAGUUCUUCAGGGGUUAGUAGCGAUCAGGAUGUAAUGGCUGCCAAUAAUGUAGUAAGCGGGCCGAGAGCUACCGAUACAAUUAAAAAGAAACCAACCGUAACCAUUGUGGAUGAUCCAAAAACCAUCCCAGAUCAGUCCAUUUCAGAUCAGGAUGAAACAGACAGCACAAAACUGCCUACGACACCACCGCCGCCGCCACCACCUGUGGAAACAAAGACUAAAACAGCUAACGUAGCAAUUGAAAAUACAACCAAUAAAACAACAAUUUCACCUCAGCAAAUGAAGACUAAUUCAGUGGUAACAGUCACAGUAGCUGCCGCCAAAGAAAAAUUACCUACACUAACAAACGUUGUAGCCAGCACCGCCGCUGCUUUUGAAGCUAAAGCUGCUACUGCAAAUGCCAAUAUUUCUGCAACGGUGGCUAAUAUUCCCACCACAGUUACUGUUAAGCAAAUGGUCCAACAACAUCAUGCACCAGUCAUACAGCAACAACAACAACAAAUGUCGACAUCAAAGGUAAAGACACUGCUAGUGCAAAGUCAGUUAGUGGCCAGUAAAGCACAGCCAGCAAUAGCUGGUCGCUUGGCUCAACAACAACAGCAACAACAACAGCAACAACAUAUAAAUCCCAACCAAAAGUUGUUAGCCACUCAACAGCAAAUAAUGCAGCAACAACAACAUCAACAGCAUUUACAACAAAUUCUCAAAGCCAAAGCGGCUGCAGCAGGAGCUGCCGCCACUACAGCAGCUCUGGUUGCCAAGCAACAGCAACAAAUGAGUGCUAAUAAACUUCUGACAUCGACGACUUCACAAGACUCCACCGAUGAGCAGCGUUCAGAUGACGACGGAGACUUAAGUCCUUCCCCGCCAGCCAAAGGCUUUCAGAGACAUAAUUCGUUAACACGCAAACAAGCCGCCGCUAUUGCCAUGCAACGAGCUACGCGUUCAGCUGCCGUUUCGCUGGUGCAACUUCCGCCACCCAUUGAGGCUGACAGUGAUAGCGAAUUAUCGCUGAGUGCAAAAGGUGCUGUUGGUGCGACCGCAACUACGGUGGGUGAUGAUGAUGGAUCUCUGGUUGCAGAGAACAUUGUACUCGCGCCACCGCCACAAUUUUGCGAUUGCAAUGACAUUAAGCAUGUGCCGCAGUUGCAGCCACAGCAACAGCAACAGUCGACAUCGCCUGCACCGCCCACUCAAAUGCAACACUUGCAAAUGCAGCAGCGCGUUCACCAGCCACAACAGCAGCUGUCGCUACAGCAACAACAGCAACUACAAUAUCAGCAAUACCACCAACAAUUGCAACAGCACCAUCAUCAACUGCAACACCAACACCAACAACAGCAUCAGCAGCAACAACAAAUGAUGGCCAUGACCAUGCAAAUGCAUCCACAACACAUGCUGCAAAUGCAGCAUAUGACAAGUAAUGCAUCUGCUGCCGCUGCUGUUGCUACUGUUGGUGUUGCUAGUGUUGGCGGUGGUGGUGGAAGUGGUGUGGGCUCUGGCGCAGCUACUGCUUCAGCAGCAGCCACAGGCAAUAUGGGCACAUUAGGUCGCGUUCGCGUUGUUGGUACUUUACCCAAAAACAAUCAUCAUCGUUUGCAUUAAGACAAAACAGUAAAGCUAUACUUUUCCCUCCUUGUGCAAAACAAGGUAACGCUUGCUUCCCGGAAUUUAAAAGAGAGAAAAACACAUGUUUUUUGUUUUUUAAAGUUACAAAAUAUCUGCUGCAUUAAAAAGAUAAAAAGUAACGACUGCCAGUCUAUUAACGAUCGCACUCGGAAACUAGCAUUUAUUAUAACAACACGCACAAAGGUCGACUAAAAUUUGAAUUAAUGGAACUUACAGUUUGAGCUUUUCCAAACAAAACAUAUUCCAUGAAUUUCCCUCUUUUCGUUUUUUGUGACAUGCACAAGAAUGUUUGACAACAAUCGAUUUCCAAGAAUAGAAGCGUCCUUUACAACUUCAACUACACUACAGUCUUUCCUAACUAAAUUCAUUUUCAAAGAGCCCGAACAACAUUUUAAGGACAUUUUCAUAAGGAAUGCUGCAAGAUCGAGGACCACACAAUAAAUUGUCAGGGAGCAAAUUUUUAACAUAUAAUAGCUGGCAUGUGUGCGCCCAAAAAAGGUAGAAAGUUAAAUUUAGAAAAAAGUAGUCGCUCGGUCCGGAAAUAUGACUUACCGAACAUUAUCAAAAUGAACACUAUCUUUCUUGUACACCGUUUCUAUUAAACAAAUAACUAGUAGCUUAGCAAAUGUUAACACACGACACCUGCUCAUCGAAAUUUUUUUUUAAAUAGUUAAAUACGAAAAUGAAGAGAUCGAAAUAAAAUAGAGUAAUUCCAAUAUAGUAAGUAUGUAAAGUAAAAGUAAAAUUUCUGCAUUUCAGUAAAGAAAAGACGAAAAGUCGAGGAAGUAAUAACCGUUUGAUAUUUCAAAUGGAUUGCAUAUUUUUGAAACGAAAAAAUCGACAUAUACAUCAGAGGGAAAGAUUCAGUGUACAAAACUGAACGUCUUUUGUCAUCACGAUUUAUUAGAAAAGACUAGUCACCAUACCGAUAGUAAACUUAUGAGAAAAUUACACCUAGACCAUGUACUGACUCCAUGGACACUAGGUCCUCUGGACUCUUGUUUUGUAAACGCAUACACUUCAGUUUCCGACAUAACCUUAAAGAUUGAUUACUUCAAUUUUCUUUUUUCCUCAACUGAAUGGUCUCUAUCUAUUGAUACCACUUUAAUUGCUAACAAACGAGGAAUAUGUUGUUGCAAUAGAAUUCCUUAAAAUUACAACAAUCAGCCUUUUUAAUAAAUACUAAAUUCUUUAUCAUCUUAUUUUUUUUUUAUUUUUUGAUUUUUUCCAAUUCCCGACAAUUAUUGAUCAUGAUAUCACGAGAGAAUGUUCCCUCUCGUUUCGCCGAUGUGAGGGAUAAUUUGUAAAUAUUUCGCUCAUCAGGCCAAUUGGAAAAAUUAUCAAGCAAAAAUAAUAAAAUAAACUAAAGAAACAUAUUGAAAGGAAAUGAAAUUAAAAGAAGUUAUGAUGAUGAGAAGAAUGAUUCAAUCAUAGAUGACUCUGAUAAGCUCUAUGUAAAUACAAAUCAAUUGGCAGAAUGGGACCGAUGUUCUCCGACCGAUGUGAAUAUGAUUACAAUGAAUGAAACUUGGAAAUGUUAGACAUAACAUCGUCCUUAACUGCCCCUUAAAUUCCAAUCUACAAUACUAUAUAAAAUAUAUAGAGUUAUUAUCUCCCUUGCAUCGCUUGACUGGGGUUAGUAGUACUCUUCCCUUUCCAUGUUCUUCAGUGCAACACUUGAUUUGGUGCUUGAAAAAAGCCACUUUGUAAGGUAAAAGUUUCACCCACAUCUACACUUUCGCUACCAUUUAUAGAGCAAACUUAUGGCGUAACCUUUUUUUUCACUUUUUAAAGUCUCUUUUUUUCUCUUCAUUGAAAGAGAGAAAG